AUGGGCCAACGCGCGGAGCAUGCACUCUUGGACACUCCAGAGGUCGAGGAGCACGCCGUGUUCGGGAAGCCGCUCAAGGAGAGCCUCCGGUACGCCAGCGUGCAGAUAUCGACCGCGAACGCGAACGGAGAGCUCUAUGUGUGGGGCUACAUCCCCGUCGUCGUGGCGAAAUGUGGGCUGUACUUGAAGGAGAAUGCGACCGAGGUGGAGGGCACGUUUCGCGUGAACGGGUCGAACAAGCGGAUGCGCGAUCUACAGGCGAUGUUUGAGGCCCGGCCACGGUACGGAAAGUCGUUGGACUGGAAGAAGGAGAACUACACCACGCACGACGUCGCGAGCGUGUUUCGGAGAUAUCUCACUCAGAUGCCGGAGCCUGUGAUACCCUAUGAUCUGUAUUUCCAGGUGCGUGCGACUAAGCAGCCAUAUAUCCAAGACGACGUGAUCGCGACAUAUAAACGUUUGAUCUCCUCGAUGCCGCGUGCGAACCAGUACCUGCUCCUAUACGUGCUCGACCUCCUAUCCGUCUUUGCGCGCAAGUGCGACAAAAAUCUCAUGACGGCGAAGAACCUCGCGGUGAUCUUCCGCCCAGGGAUCAUGUCGCACCCGUCGCACGAGCUCUCGCCGAAGGAGCACCAGCUGAGCCAGGAGGUGCUCGAGUUCCUGAUCGCGCACCAGGACUGGUUCAUGCUCGACAUCCCGCCGCCGCCUGCGAAGGCCAAGACGAGCGCGGCGGGCGAGGAGAUGGACGACAUGGCGCUGGUGUCGAGCUCGGACGACGACAGGUCGACCGUGGGCGGGUGGAAGCUCGUCGGCGGGCGCAGCGAGGCGGAGAAGCGGAAGAUCGCGCGGCGCAGGACGACGACGGAGCGCGAGCGCGAGCGGCUGCGGAUCGGUGAAGACUCCCUUCUUACUCGCUGA